UGCAUCGCUUUUGUUUUUGUUGCGUUUUUUUAUUGCGCUGAUAACUACGGGUUUUUUAGUUUUUUAUAAAGGAUAUAAAUAGAGCGGCUUUCGCAGGCAGGGUGGACAAACAUGAUUAACCGCCCAGCACAGCGCGUGCCAACGAGUGUUUUAUAAGAGCGCGAUUUGGAUUUUGAUUUUGAUUUGCCAUUGCCUUUGCCUCUGCCAUUGCGAUUGUUAUUGUUUUUGUGCCCCGCCUUCGCCCCACAAAACCGAAAAGGAGAAAACCAAGAGAAGCGUUGCCAAAACGUUGUUAUGUAAAUGCACGAAAGCAGAACGUUGGCACAGGCACCAUCCUCAUCCGGAAUCCACCGCAAUCGACGUGCUCCGCAGCGGGACACGAAGUUUAAGGUCGGAGCGCCCAGCACCCGCACUCAUCACGCGAUUGUGUGAAAGUUUCGCCUGGCUCGAAUAGGAAUCCCGGCUCGGAAAUGGCCGCCAAGACGGACGAAUCCUCGCCAGCCGUGGCGUCAAGCACAAGCAGCACUCCCGCUCCCUCCAGCGGACGCCACCAGCUGCGACCCGUGAAGUUCGACUACGCGGACUCAUUUGCCUGCACCUACAUCGUUUCCGUGGUGGCCGCCUCCAUUGCAGAGCUCGCGACCUAUCCCUUGGACCUGACCAAGACGCGUCUGCAGAUCCAGGGCGAAGGAGCCGCCCACUCGGCGGGAAAGUCCAAUAUGCAAUACCGCGGCAUGGUGGCCACCGCCUUCGGGAUUGCGCGUGAGGAGGGCGCCCUGAAGCUGUGGCAGGGCGUAACGCCGGCGCUCUACCGACACGUCGUCUAUAGCGGUGUGAGGAUCUGCAGCUACGACCUGAUGCGCAAGGAGUUCACACAGAACGGCACCCAGGCUCUGCCGGUUUGGAAGUCGGCGCUGUGCGGCGUCACGGCCGGAGCCGUUGCCCAGUGGCUUGCCUCGCCCGCUGACCUGGUCAAGGUGCAAAUCCAGAUGGAGGGCCGACGACGUCUGAUGGGCGAGCCACCGAGGGUGCACUCCGCUGGCCAUGCCUUCCGCCAGAUCGUGCAGCGUGGCGGAAUUAAGGGUCUGUGGAAGGGCAGCAUCCCGAAUGUGCAGCGAGCGGCGUUGGUCAAUCUGGGCGACCUAACCACAUACGACACCAUCAAGCACCUGAUCAUGGACCGCCUGAAGAUGCCCGACUGCCACACCGUGCACGUGCUGGCCUCCGUUUGCGCCGGAUUCGUGGCAGCGAUCAUGGGCACGCCAGCUGAUGUGGUGAAGACGCGCAUCAUGAACCAGCCCACCGACGAGAAUGGCCGGGGCCUGCUCUAUCGCGGAUCCGUGGACUGCCUGCGACAGACGGUUGCGAAAGAGGGCUUUGUGGCGCUGUACAAAGGCUUCCUGCCCUGCUGGAUACGAAUGGCGCCGUGGUCGCUCACCUUCUGGCUGUCCUUCGAACAGAUCCGCAAGAUGAUCGGAGCCUCCGGCUACUGAGCGGUGGCUCAAUCUAAGUUUAGGUGUAGAUGUACAUACAAGCACAUGUAUAACGCAGUUCGUUCAUGUUACCCCGCCUUUAAGUCGGUCAUAAUCCUAUUUUCCGUGCCUGAAUGAAUGCCCAAAUGUCGGCAGGAUGUUGUGCGGCUGGUGGCCAAGCUUAGCAUAUACUCUGUCCAUUUUAGUCUGUUAUGCCACUCAGAUCUUUCAGGUUUCUUUCUCUUACCCUUUGUUAUUGUUGUUGCCUUAAGAUUAAAAUCAAAACUUACAAUAAAGCGAGAUACUUGUUAAUUCAAA